GUGCGCGCGCCGCCACGCCACGAAACACCGCACUUGGGCUCCGCGCGUCAGCCCGCCCCGUCUGCGAUGGCCCCGCCUCCAUCACGUGACUCACCAAGGUCUCCGCUUCCUCCUACUGGCGAAGUUCCGCAUCUCCGCACUCGCUCCCAGGUGCCAUUGCUUGUCUGGGUCACGUGUCGGGGGAAGCGGGAAGGCGUCGUUCUGUUUUCUUUGCUCUCCUCCCUCCCCCACAACCGCCAUGUUUUCAGGCCGGGUCUUGCUUAGUUUUCCCCCGUAAGGAAAUGGCCGGGGCGCUCCAGGGAACUCAAGCGCCGUGGCUUCUGCUGGGCUAACGAGACAGGGCGGCGGGAAAAAACGAGCAGUUCCGCGCGGAGAGAGAAGUCAUGGCGUCUAGCAGUAACUGGCUGUCCGGGGUGAAUGUCGUGCUGGUGAUGGCCUACGGGAGCCUGGUAUUUGUACUGCUAUUUAUUUUUGUGAAGAGGCAAAUCAUGCGCUUUGCAAUGAAAUCUAGAAGGGGACCUCAUGUCCCUGUGGGACACAAUGCCCCCAAGGAUCUGAAAGAAGAGAUUGAUAUUCGACUUUCCAGGGUUCAGGAUAUCAAGUAUGAACCCCAGCUCCUUGCAGAUGAUGAUACAAGACUGCUACAGCUGGAAACCCAGGAAAAUCAAAGUUGCUACAACUAUCUGUACAGGAUGAAAGCUCUGGAUGCCAUCCGUGCCUCUGAGAUCCCAUUUCAUGCUGAGGGCCGUCACCCCCGAUCCUUAAUGGGCAAGAAUUUCCGCUCCUACUUGUUAGAUCUGCGAAACACUACGACUCCAUUCAAGGGUGUGCGCAAGGCCCUCAUUGAUACCCUGCUGGAUGGCUAUGAGACAGCCCGCUAUGGGACAGGGGUUUUUGGCCAGAAUGAAUACCUGCGCUAUCAGGAAGCCCUAAGUGAGCUGGCUACUGUGGUCAAAGCACGAAUUGGAAGCUCUCAGCGACAGCACCAGUCAGCAGCCAAAGACCUAACUCAGUCCCCUGAAAUCUCUCCAACAACCAUCCAGGUCACAUACCUUCCCUCCAGUCAGAAGAGUAAACGUGCCAAGCACUUCCUCGAAUUGAAGAGCUUUAAGGACAACUAUAACACGUUGGAGAGUACUCUGUGAUGGGGCUGAAGGACUCUGACUGCAGAUUGAGCCAGAGAUGCUUGCUGGACAGGCUUCAGGACCGCUGCAGACCCAAACUAUCAGCCAAAGUCCCUUGUAUCCAGAAGUUCUUAGGGCUUAAACCUGAAGGGUUAUUUCUCAACCCUUAUGGGCAUUUUCAGAACAAUCAGCCAAGACUUAGUUUUUCCCCAUUAGCACAUUUUUCUGGAUUUAAAUUCAGAAGCAUUCUGAAUAUUUGUCAAAACUUCCUUAAAAAUCUUCACUUACUUUUGGUUGUAGUUCACCUGCCCUGUUGCAGGUUAUUUAAUCCAAAGGUGGGAGGUAAGGUGAGGUGUCUUCUAAUGUCUACCCCCAAUGUAUUCAAUUGAAAGGGAACUCUUUGGGUUUAGGGUGUCUUAGAGUUGAUUGGUGGAAAAGGCAGUACUAGGAAGGAGUGGUGAGGAAAUGGGUGGUACAUGGAACAAUUUACCCUGAUGCUGCACUUAAACCAGGAUGUCUGGAAACACUAACAACUUUCCUCAAGUGCAAGAAUCAGCCCUUCCAUCUUCAUUCAGUACUCUGUUGUGAAUAAAUUAAAAGGGAAUGUCCUGACACCUGGCAUAAUCUAUUCCAAGAUAGGAGACAAUGUGAAGAAAUGGUUUCCCCUAAUAAGCCAGUGUAUUAAUCAACUUUAUAAAUUAUUUAAUAAAAUGAA